UUUAUUGCAUGUUUCAGAGUAUUACAAAUUUUUCAGAUGUUGGUGUUACUUUGACUGUGCAUAGGUGACAGGUGUUCUAACUGUUCAUGUUUUUUUCUUGCACCUGUUUCUGGUUCUAAAGUUAUAGGUUUUCUGCAAUGGAAAAUUUAGAAGAAUUUUCCAAUGUUGGAGAUGAUUCAUCAACCAAUUCAGAAAAGGUGCCUGAUCCAAAGCUAAAGAUGAAUGAAAAUGAGAAUGGGACUUCAGUAGGCUGUCAGUUAACCACUAAUAAUUUAGGCAAUCCUAGUGAUGGAAACCAUGAAUAUGAAGAAAUUGAUGGUAUUUACUAUUACACAAAUCCUACUACUCAUGAAAAAUUCAAAUAUGACAACACCAUUGAAAAAUGGGUGCUGGUACAAGAUUGCAAGUCAAGUGGCCAAGAAGACACCACUCCCACCUCUGAAACCACAGACGUUACUUCAGAAAGUGAUGUUCAUGUGGAUGAGGAAGGAAGAACUUUUUAUCAUGCUGAUGGCCAUUAUUUGUGUCGAUACCCUACUGGGCAUGUGUAUUACAUGAAUGAAAAGCAAGAGUGGGUUUUGUGGAGUGAAAAUGCAGAUGGUGGUUACAAUGAUGGUUUAACUAGCAGUAAAAACAAUAAUGAUAAUAGAUGGUAUUAUUACAAAGGAGAUAAUGCAUAUUACAGAGAUCUUUUAUCGAAUAAAGUUUUCAAAUUCAAUAAAGAAACUGAUGAAUGGAUUCUGGCCAAGUCAGGCAAGAAGCGCAAGAAGAAACCUGACAUCUCUGUUCCGGUUGGAGGAGAAGAAGAGUUUGACACAGAAUCAUCCAAUGAGGGUACUGAUGAUGGGUGUGAAAGUGAAGACAAUGAUGAAUAUUCUAAGGGAGACAUGCCACCUGGUUAUAAAACUGACCCAAGUAUAUCAUUUGAGGAUGAAAACUUUGUCAAGAAAGAUAAAGAUGGCAUGCACUAUGAAUGGGACAAGAACAGGAGAGCAUGGUUUCCUAAGUUGGACGACACAUUCAUGGCAACAUACCAGAUGAGCUACGGCUUCAAUCCUGAUGGCAGCAAGAAUGAAAAUCCCGUCAAGUACGAUGAUGAUGAGGAGGAUGACAUGCAGGAGAUUGCUAAAGAGACCUUAAAGAAGAAGAAAGAAGAAGAGAAGAAGAAGAGUGAUAAAAAACCUGCAGGUUGGUUUGAAGCUGAUGACGCACACAACACAAAGGUUUACGUGUCACAGCUUCCCACGGACAUGACAGAGCAGCAGUUCGUGGACCUCAUGCAGAAGUGUGGCCUGGUGCUGAAAGAUCCUGAGACUGGCGACUACAAAGUCAAGCUUUACAAGGAUGAGAAAGGCAACUUCAAGGGAGAUGCCUUGUGCACCUACAUCAAGGUCGAGUCUGUUCUGCUGGCGCUGCAAAUCAUCGACGGUUCUUGCUUGGGUCCCCGCGGCGCCCACCGCGUCAAGGUGGAGCGCGCCAAGUUCCAGAUGAAGGGCGACUACAACGCCGCCCUCAAACCCAAGAAAAAGAAGAAGAAACUCAUCGAGAAACUGCAGAAGAAACAAGAGAAGCUGUUCGCAUGGACGCCUGAGCCGCUGCGAGGUCAGCGCGGCAAGCACGAGAACGUCGUGGUGCUGCGCAACGCGUUCGCCCCCAGCGAGUUCGUGGACCACGCCGAGAAGAUCCUCAGCCACACCGAGAGUCUGCGCGCCCAGUGCACCAGCUUUGGAUCAGUCAAGAAGCUCGAGUUGUUCGAUAGACACCCAGAAGGCGUGGUGAAGGUAACGUUCAGUGAGGUGGAGGCCGCUGAUCUCUGCAUUGCGUCUAUGAACAAGAGGCUCUACAACGGUCGGACGCUCAGCGUCGCUGUGUGGAACGGUGUUGAGAAUUUCAAGGUGGAAGAAACCGAAGAAGAAAAAGCUGAGCGGCUCAAGAAAUGGAAUGAGUUCCUCAUGACAGGUGGUGAGGGUGGGAAAAAUUCUGCUAAGACUGGCGAAAAAAAUAAUUACAUUACGAAUUCCUCUACAAUAAAAGAUAUUCAUAGUCCUAGUGAACCGGAAGAAACUUCUAUUUCAUCGGAAGAGGGAACUCUCCUUCUCCAUGAAGAGGGAGAAGGAAGUCUCCCUCCCCUUGAAAGUAAAGAAAAAAGUUGUCGCACCCUUGAAGAAAAGGACUCCACUGAUCCCGCAACCAAGAUGGAAGAUUCCCAAUCCCCUGAAUAAAAUAUGAUAUAAGGGAAAGAUAAUUUGGCUUUGCUUAAGAUUAAAUUAAAGUAUCAGCUGAAGACUUGGGUGCUGAGGAGGACAUUUCUUGUCCAGAAAAAAUGGUUGUCAUGGAAAUGAAACUCCCGACAUGUCGAUAUUUUACCUAUAUCUGCUCCUGUGGAGCUUUACUUCAAAUUGAUAAAAAUAAUAAAUAAAUAAAAAUAAUAAAUAAUCAGAUAUGUGCACUUUAUCUGAAUAUCAUUAAUUCAAUUUAUUUAAUAUAAAUAUGUAGAUGAUAAAUAUCAUCCAAAUUAUUCAUUGAAGUUAGCUAGAAUUUGAAGUUAGCUCAAGAGUUUGCUCGCGUCCACGCUGACACUGUACCUAUUACUCAAUAUUACGAGCCUUAUGGAGCAGUCGGUGAACGCAGCGUCGAGUUCAAACUGCCUCAUGGGCUUAUAUUUCUUGUUCGAGCUUCCUUUUGGUGUUGGCAUCCUACGUCUGGCUACACACUUCACCUACCCAAACUCCACACUCAUCGAGCACGCUGUCUCCACUUGAUCUUGACAUGAACUCCAUUUUGUUUGCAAUAUUGUGUAAACGUGAAUAAAUAUCUACAUUUUUAAUCAUCGAACGGUUUAUUAUUAAUUUCU